GCGCGUGACGUCAGAGCUCGGGUCGAGCGGUCGGCCGCAAGUCCCGGGAAACCGUCGGCCGGGUCUAGCCGAAGCGGAGCGUCACGGACUGGACUCGGCUCGGGGAGAGCUGCGGGAACCGGAGCCGGAGUUAGAAUUGACUGGACCGGACCGGAGCCGACUGGACUCGGGCCCAGCGGGAGCGGGAACGGGAGUAGGCCAAGGCUCAGGCCCGGUGGGAAUCAGGAGCAGCGGAGCGGACCCGGGACUAGCCGGGACCGGACUAACUCAGGCCCAGGCCCAGGCAGAGGCCCAGCGGCGUGGGAGCUGCCACAGAUCACCCCGACACAAUGGCGGUGCACAGGACCAAGGCCGAGGCCCUGGUGAAAUGGGUUAACAGUCUUAAAUUGUCGGAAGAGGUCGGGAAUCUUGCAGCCCUUGGGGAUGGUGUUGUCUUCAUCCACAUAGUGUGCAGACUAAAUGGAAAAGAAAAUGCAUUGCAGAUAAUUGAAGACAAGUCCAUUGAGGAGAGAUUCCAGUUCAUCUUCAACUUUUUACAAAGUGCUGACGUUAAGGAGAAUCAGCAAGAUCGGUGCAGGUACAACCCUGCUGCUGGAAGUGCCGUGUCCUUGCAGAAGAUCCUACAUGGCGAGGAUAUUGAGCUUGAGAUGGCCAAGGUGACUGUUCUGCUUCUCCACCUCCACACCAUGGCCAGACAAAACCCACGUGAGUUUGAGGAUCUUGACAUAGAAACCCAGGGUGAGCUUGUGGGCAUUCUGCACUUUGUGCUGGAUAAUGAAGAAGAAAUUCACAUGGACAAUACCCUGGCCACGUUUUUGCAGAGUCGAGCCUUGUCCCCAGUGGCUCAUCAUCACAGCUCCAGUUCAGAUGAAGUCACCACUCCAAUGUUCAGUGGGAAACUCGGACACAAGACCCAGUUUGUGGCACCGAAGGUGUACAGUUGUGGCCCCUCCACCUCCCCGACAUCGCCGAUGCGCGACUUCAUGCGGACGCCGCAGGUGCAGGUGCGACGGUUGAAGAGGCAGCUGGCCGACGCGCGGAUGCUUCGCGACGACUUGGAGAUAGAGCUGACGGACACUCGCAAGCUCAUCACCGAGAAAGACACACACAUCUCCAUCAUGCAGCAGAAGGUCGACCGGCUGGUGAGGUUGACGGAGAGACAGGCGUCCGAGGAGCAGCCCAACGAGCUGGGCAACCUGCAGGAGAAAUGCGAGAGUUUGUUGAACAGACUGCGGGAUACCCAGAAACAGUGUCACGAUCUGAAGACGGAAAAAAGUCACGCCGAGAGAAAAAGUGAUAAACUCGAAGAGGAAAAUGGCGACCUAUCGUGCAAGGUCCGUGACUUGGGCAGCCGGCUGGCGCAGUCACAGAAGGCCCUGAACGACCUGGCGGAUGAACACGAUGCAGCCAUGCCCCUGUGGGAGGAGAAACGCACCCAACUGCAGAGCGACCUACACGUGGCCCUGUCGGAUAAAAAAUUGAUGGAAGAAAAGAUACAGAUAUUGGAAGGGAAGAUAUCAUUGAUGGAGGACCAACUGAAGGAGGCAGGCGAAGGUUCGAGUGGGAUGAGAGGCGAGGUGAUGGCUGAUGUUCUUCAGGUGGAAGCCCUGAAGCUGGAGGUGUCGGAGCUGACGGCCAAAGCCACUGAGCUGGAACAGGAGAGCACCUUCCACAAGGAGGAGAAGGGGCAGCUGACUGAGACCAUCGACGGCCUGAAGCAGUCCAUCUCCGAGCUGCACGAGCAGAAGGAGAGGCUGCAGCUGACGGCCCAGGAGCAGGCGGGCAAGCUGGCCGGGCAGCUGGGCACCCUCAACACCGAGAUCAUGAAGGUGAACAACUCGCUGGUGCAGAAGGAGCUGGAGCUCGAGGAGGAGAAGCAGCUGCGGCAGCAGCUGGCGGCGGAGUCGCAGAGCAGGCAGCAGGACGCGCAGCAGGCCGUCCACGAGCUGCGCUCCAAGCUGGAGAAGCUGGGCCAGGCGUUGCGGGCCAAGGAGGAGGCGCUGCACGGCUUUGAGCGGCAGCUGGAGGCGGAGCGGGAGAGCACGCUGCAGCAGAUGAAUGCCCUGAAGCGCGAGUCGGAGAGGAUCUGCCACGAGAAGACGUCGGUGGUGACGCAGUACGAGCGGCUGAAGGCGGACAAGGAGAGCGAGAUGGGGCGGCUGAACCAGCAGAUCCAGGUUCUGGAGGGCACGCAGCUGGGCAUCGAGCACCUGGAGAAAGAGCGCAACGAGCUGAUGUACAAGGUGGAGAUGCUGGACACCGAGGUGGCCGAGGUGACGUCCAAGAACCAGAGCCUGCAGUCGGCCUGCGACGCCCACACCCAGAGCCACUCGGCCGAGGUGGCGGCCCUCUGCCGGCGGCUGCAGGAGGCCGAGGCCGAGCUGGAGAAGCAGCGGGGCCAGGCGGCGGGGCUGGACGAGGCCCUGCGCGAUAACCAGGCGCUGCGGGAGCAGCUGGCCGCCCUGCGCGGCCGACUGGACGGGCUGGAGAGCGAGAAGCAGCGGUGGGAGGAGAGGCGGGCGGUGGAUGCCCAGGCCAGCAGCCGGCUGGCCCAGGAGCUGAAGGGGGCGACGGAGGAGCGGGAGCGGGCCCAAGCCCGGCUGCGGGAGCACGAGGCGGCAGCCGUGGACGAGGGCAGGCAGUCGGAGCAGAAGGCCGGGGAGCUGCAGGCGCAGCUGUCCGCAGCCAGGGCGGCGCUGGAGGAGAGCGGCAAGGAGGGGGAGAGACUGCGCCUGAUGGAGGCCUCGUGGAAGGAGAAGAUGGAGGCGGCGCGGAGCGAGGGGGCGGCGCUGGAGCGCAUGGUGGAGGAGACCAGGGAGAGGGGCCGGGCGGAGCUGGCGGAGGAGAAGGCCAGGAGGAGCGAGCUGGAAGCCCGGGCCAGGCAGCGGGAGGUGGAGGAGGAGGGCAGCGUGCGGCUGCCGCAGAGCGAGCUGGAGUUGCUGCGAGAGAGGGCCGCGCUGGAGCCGCAGGCCCGGGCCCAGGCUGCCGGCUGGCAGGAGAAGCUGGAGGCCGCCCAGCGGCUGUGGGAGGAAGAGUCGGCCCGGAACGCUGCCGUGCGGGAGCAGGAGAGGCAGGAGCUGGCCAGGGCGAGGGCCGAGAGCGAGGGGCUGCUGCGCUGCGGCACCAGGCGACUGGCCGAGCUGCAGGAGGCCAGGGACGCGGCCAGGGAGGCCCAGGAGGCCAGGGAGAGGCUGCAGGCUGAGCUCACGGCCUUGCAGGGCCGGCUGGAGGAGAUGAAGGGGGCGGAGAGCCAGCGGCAGUCCCGGGAGGAAGGCGAGAGGGAGGAGAAGGGGAGGGCGCUGGGCGUGCUGCAGGAACAAGUCAGCAGCCUGCAGAGCGAGCUGGCGUCGGUGCUGGCUGGCACCGCCCAGGUCAAAGCGCAGGACGAGGCUGCGAGGGAGCAGCUGCAGAAGCUGAAGGAGCAGUGGCGGGCGCAGGAAGUGGAGAUGGGGAAGCUGCAGGCCCGGGCGCUGGCAGCAGAGGGGGAGCUGGGCGAGCGGAUCGCAGGCCAGGACAGCGAGCUGACGCGCCACACUGGCCUGCUGGCUGACAGGGAGAGCCAGCUGCAGGAGCUGGGCCGCAAGCUCGCAGCCAGCGAGGAGCAGUGCCGCCGCCACGGGCAAGAGGCCGCCGCCGCUGCUGAAGAGCUGCGCUCCUCCCCGCCACCUGUGCCAGGAGCGGGCGACGGAUGCAGAGGUGCUGCGGGCGCAGCUGGCGAGCUGCGGGGCAAAUGUGACAGCCUGGCCCUGCGGGAGAGCGAGGCGGGGGAGCGCUUCACGGCACUGAAGGAGCAGCUGGGCUGCCUGCAGCGGGAGAGGGAGCGGCUGGCAGCGUUGCAGCUGGAGCUGCAGUCCUGGCAGGGCAAGUGUGCGGGGGAGCAGCAGGAGAGCGCCAGGCUGCGGGAGGAGCUGGCCGCAGCGGCGGAGAGCGGUUGCCGGCUGCAGGAGGCGCUGGAGAAGCAGCGGGAGGCGGCCAGGCUGCGGAGCGAGGAGCUGCGGGCGGAGAACGAGGCGCAGCGGCAGAGCGUCGAGAGCCUGCAGCAGCGGCUGACGGCGGAAGAGGAGCGCCAGUGCCGGUCGGGCGAGGAGCUGGAGCGGCUGCGGGCAGAGCUGGCCGCGGCCCAGGGGCAGUGGCGGGCCGAGGCAGAACGGCUGAGGGAGGAGGCAGGGCAGCUGCCCGCCGCCCAGCAACAGUGCACGGAGCAGGCCCAGGAGGUGCAGCGGCUGCAGCAAGCCCUGGGCGAGGAGGCAGCCAAGGCCAGCGCCAGGCUGGAGGCCGAGCUGGCCCAGGCCCAGGAGGCCCACAGCCAGCAGCUGCAAGCCCUGACCUCCCGCCACACGGAGGAGCAAGAGGCCGGCCGCCAGCGGGAGGAAGAGUCGCGGAGGAGGGUCGACGAGGUGAGCGGCAAGUACGAGAAGGCCAAGAUCAAGUUAAUGGACGAUCGCCACAGGUUCCAGGAGGAACAACAGCAGCUACACACACAGGUUGCAGAUCUGAAUCAGAAGCUGUCCCAGCACGAUAUCACGGCUAAAACUAAGCUGCAGAAACUCGUGGCUCGCGAUAACGAAAAGCAGGAAAAGCUGGAGCAGCAGGUGAUGGAGUUGAACUCACAGCUGAAGGAGAAGGAGGAGGUGAUGCAGCAUGUCAAGGCCCAGCUGGACAAGGCAAAGACUCACUACGACAGCAAGAAGCUGCUGAGUCUGGAGCUGGCGGAGAAGCUGGAGGCGCGCGAGAAGAGCGUGGCCUCGUUGGAGCAGCAGCUGGCCGCAGCCACGCAGGAGGGCGCAGAGAUGCAUGCGCAGUCCGAGCGGCUGCGGGCCGAGGCACAGCAGGCCGUCAAGGAGGCGAAGGAAGCCAACCAGAAGAGCGUGACCCUCUCCGCACAGGUGGAGUACGCCGAGCGGCAGCUGCGGGAGGUGAACAAGUCGCAGGCGAGCGUGGUCAUCACCAGGAGGUCGCGCAGCAACACCGACCAGGGCUCGGUGCAGGCGGGCGACUCCGAGGCCGAGUUCAGCAAGGACAGCAUGGAGCUGAGUGACCUGGACGAGUCGGCAGUGGUGGCCUGGGACAGUACAGCAGCCAGGAGGGGCAAGGCGGGCUACAAGACCCCCGAGGUGAAGAGGAGCGACUCUGUGGUUGUGCAGAAGCUGCAGGGGAAGAGGGAGUCACUGGAGUCGCUGUACUUCACGCCACUGCCCCAGCACAGCCACUCCAACAUGGACACCAGCCUGGGCUCCCUAGGGUCACUGUGCCUCGACUCGGCCAAGAAGACCCGCUCGGGACGCAAACGUACCACCCAGGUCAUCAACAUCCUCAUGACCAAGAAGCAGAUGGUGGAGUUCGACGAUGAGCCCAGCACGUCGCGCAGCUCAGCCUCCAUGUUGUUGGCCCAGCCCUCGUGCUCCCAGCCCAGCAUGGCCGGCCAGCAGCCUCCGCCGCUGCAGUUGCCGCCGGCGUCCCGCGGUCGCUGGAGGAGCCGCACCCCGUCGGCGAGCUCGCUGCACGCCACCCAGCGCUCCACCUCACAGCAGUCGCUGGACAGCAACGCAGAGGAUCUGGGGGCCGCGGCACUGAGGAACCUGCCCGGCUUCAGGCCCACCACACGCCGCUCAUCCCGGCUCUUCAGCACCGGUACUGCCAGUUCGAGCGCCCUCUACCCGGGAGGCUGCCUGGACGAGCCCGACCAGCUGGACGACUGGAACCGCAUCGCCGAGCUGCAGAGACGCAACGGGGUCUGCCCCCCUCACCUGAAGACCUCCUACCCACUGGAGUCCACUGCGGCAGUGACCGACUCAGCCAGCACGGAGGACGAGCUGCGCCUGGGCGAUCCCAGCGGGACGCUGCGCCGCGCCACUCUGUUUCCCCAGGAGAUUAGCGCCAUGCGUAUGCGCGCCUUCCCCGACACCCACGACCCCAGCUGGAAGGGAGUGACCACCCGCCAACGCAAGCGGCUCUCCGAGGAGUCCCACCAGGGAGCCGGCACCCCCGAGGCCAAGAAGCAACUGAGCUGCUUCCCAAGACCAGCCAGCCCGAAGGGGAAGGACAAGCUGGGACAGGAACAGUUCGAGAGCCAAGCACGACGCCUGACUCAAAGCAAGGGCCGCGGCCAGGAUGACCGACGGAAGUCCAUGACCUACACGGUCUUCAACACACCGCGCAAACUGAGCAGCAACCUGCUGCGGGGAAUCAGCAAGAGGGCGAAUCCCAGGAAAACACCCAAGAAAACCCCAAAGAAGUCGCCCAGGAAGUCUCCCCGCUCAAACGCCAGAAAGGAUGCCAGCAGACGCAAGUUCUCUAGUGGCAAGAUGUGAGGAGGGGGGCUGAAGAGUAGCCCCCUCCCCCUCCAACCGACCCCGGAGUUGUAUUGACGCCGAGACCCACCCACCGCAUCCCCGUCACCGUCGGCCGCGAGCACCGGCGAGAGAGAGAAAGAAAAACUAUUUGCCUUAAGAGCGAGUGAGGCGCGUGAGGGGAAGACGGCCAGAGUGUUCCCACCCUCCCCAUCUCUCCCCC